ACAAAAAAAAAUACCUCUACAGAUUCCGAUUACAAUGAUCGGGAAUGUGGUUUUGUGGAUUUUCGAAUUGACGAUGAUUCUCAGGGCGGCCGAGGCGAUGAACAAUAACGGUGAUUGCAGAGAGACUAUUUGCGGGGGAAUCGCAGUGAAAUUCCCGUUCCGGAUCGUAGACAGGCAACCGGCCGCCGCCUGUGGCUAUCCGGGAUUCGAUCUGAGCUGCAGCUCCGAUAGGCUGCUGCUGGAGUUGCCUAACUCCGUCAAUCUCUCCGUCAGCUUCAUCGAUUACGCCUAUCAGUCUAUUGACGUAACCGAUGAAGCCUGCCUCCCGUUGAGAUCAAAUGUGUCCUAUUCUCCUUUCCGAUCUCAGUACGGAAUGAUGGAUGAGUUCACAUUAAUCAAUUGCACAUUGCGAACAGAAGCUCUUUUACGUGAAUGGUCUCUAUCGCUGGAACUUAUCUCUUGUCUGAGCGAUCCCGGCGGCGGCGGCUACCAGGUUUUUGCCAUCUACGGUGGGACUUCUGUUGAUGAUCCCAGGGUACAAUCGUGUAGCAUGAUGUAUGACUUGACAACACCACUGGAGAUUCCCGGAUCGUUUUCCUUGACCUGGAACGAACCUAAUUGCUCAGUCUGCGAAUCCCAGGGUAAAUAUUGCAGGGUGCUGCAGCAGCAGCACCGGCAUUUCAAGAGCAGCAAAACAGAAUGUUAUCAUUUCCCCAAUCAAGGAAUAAAGAAGAAAGUGAUCACAGAGAGGAAGUAUCAAAUCAAGGUCAAGAAGUUUCUAGAUGAUUACAAAUCUUUGAAGCCCACAAGAUUCUUGUUUGCUGAUCUCGAGAGGAUCACAAAUCAAUUCAGGUUCGAACUCGGAAAAGGAGCAUAUGGAACUGUUUUCAAAGGGAAACUAUCAGAUGAAGUCAUAGUGGCUGUUAAGGUCCUCAAUGAUUCCAAAGCAAGAGGCGAGGAAUUUAUUAACGAAGUUGGAACAUUGGCAAGAAUCCACCACGCCAAUGUUGUUCGCUUGAUCGGUUUCUGUGCAGAGGGGUUUCAACGGGCCAUAGUGUACGAGUACUUGCCAAAUGAUUCGCUACAUAGGUUUAUAUCCUCAGCAGACUCAAAGGAGCAGUUUCUGGGAUGGAAAUCUUUGGAACGCAUUGCAAUCGGCAUAGCCAAAGGGAUUGAGUAUCUUCACCGGGGUUGCGAUGAAAGAAUCUUGCAUUUAGACAUCAAGCCCCACAAUGUACUUCUUGAUCACAAUCUCAAUCCCAAAAUUACCGAUUUUGGCCUCGCAAAACUAUGUUCCACAGAUCAAAGCUUGGUGUCUAUGACCACAGCAAGAGGCACUGUAGGCUAUAUGGCACCGGAAGUGUUCUCAAGAAACUUUGGGAAGGUCUCAUACAAAUCAGAUGUUUAUAGUUUCGGGAUGCUCUUGCUAGAAAUGGUGAGCGGAAGAAAAAUUGUUGACACUGAACCCAAUACGGAGGAUAAAGUAAAUUUUCCAGAGUGGAUUUAUAAUGUCCUUGAACAAGGGGAAGAUCUAAGGUUUGACAUUGAAGAAGAGAGCGAUGUUAAAAUUGGAAAGAAGCUAGCAAUCGUAGGGUUGUCAUGCAUUCAAUGGAAUCCCGUUGAUCGGCCUUCGAUGGGAAUUGCCCUUCAAAUGCUAGAAGGGGAAGUAGAUUUGAGCGCACCUCCAAAUCCAUUCAUAUCUAAACCGCCUUCGUCACGAAAUGUGAUUGCUACGGCUAAUCGCAUUUGCCGACGGUUGGAUGCAAUAGAAGAAGUUGAGGGGUGAUCAAUGGGGAGUUAUCAUCAUAUCAUGAUCAAUAGAAGGUUGGCUUAUUAGGUGACCAAAAGUUCACUUGGGAAAAGUUAGUAUGAUAUGAGAUUUGUGACAGAUUAUCCCACUCAAACCCACACUUAUCCAUAUGUAUGUAUGUAUCAUUUUCAAUAAGUGAAAUGUCUGCUCCUUUUCAUGACACUUUUUUUUUGCUUCAUUUUUAUUGUACAUUAUAACAUGCAGGUUUUCAAAAAUAAAACAAAUGGUGUAAU